GAUGUCUCCAAAUGCGUCGGGAAGCAGGGAAAGGAGACGCGCGGAACGUGAUUGAAUAAACGCGGGUUCGGGUUCUGCAGGGGAAAGGCUGAAGCCGGGCCGCGGGCGGCGGACGGGACUUCAGGUCUCGCGGGAGUUGGAGGGUCGGGGCGCGAAGUGGGGGGCGCGCGCUCGGAGCCUCCCCCUCCCCCACCCCCCGCGCCCGGGGUCUUCGCCCCUCGAGAUUCCGAGGCCGAAGCCCGUCAGGCCCGACUCGCCGCGGGUCGCGACGGGGGCCAGGGCGCCGCGUCCUCGGGGCGCGACGGGCGUCUCCCAGGCGACGGGCUCCACACAAGAUGGCGGACGAGAAAGAAAAGGAAAGCGCAGAGUUAGCAGUAGCAGACUUGCAAAGAAAAAUCAGAGAGGCGUUUGAAGUGUUUGACCAUGAGCUGAAUAAUACAGUGGAUGUGAGAGAGAUCGGAACCAUCAUCAGGUCCCUGGGAUGCUGCCCGAACGAAGGGGAGCUGCAUGAUCUGAUUGCAGAGGUAGAGGAAGAAGAACCCACUGGAUACAUUCGAUUUGAAAAAUUUCUUCCAGUGAUGACCAAUAUACUAGCGGAAAAAAGAUACAGACCAAUUCCAGAAGAAAUCCUUCUUCAAGCUUUUGAGGUAUUAGAUCCAACUAAACGUGGAUUUCUUUCUAAGGAAGAACUGAUCAAGUAUAUGACUGAAGAAGGUGAGCCCUUUUCUCAGGAGGAGAUGGAAGAAAUGCUGUCUGCUGCAAUUGGCCCAGAAUCGAAUUUCAUUCAUUACAGGGACUACAUAACCAUGAUGGUGAUAGAUGAAAAUUAAACACUCUGAAGGCUCACUUUCUAAUUGAAAGGAUAAUUUUUAAAAAUUGCUUAUCUUUGUUCAUUUCACAUUAUAUCUUACAAUUCCUUAAUAUGCUAGUCAAUUUCUCAUGACAACUAUUUCAAGAUAUUCUAUUUUUUAAAAGAUGAGCAUAACAAUUUAAAACACGUUUAUUUGGUAUGUCUUGCAUUGUGGGAUGACAAAUUGCUAAUUAUUUAAAAACUAUUCUUAAAACACUUCAACAUUAUCCAUGGAUGGUUGUUAAUUUUCUGCAAUAAAAUCUAGGUUACCUUCCAGUGA